GACAUCAUUCCCCUUAAUCCUGGCAAGGCUGACUAAGGGCUUCCAUCCCAGCCUCCUCGCUCAAGCCAGCGGUCAGACUGUGGGUUAGAAUGGCCGAGGAGGAGGGCGAUGUGGACGAGGAGGAUGUGUUCCUGGCAUUUGCCCGACAUCCCACUCCUCCCAGGGGUCCCCUGCGGCGGGCCAUGGACAAAGCCUUCUUUAUCUUCCUGGUCCUCAUCGUGACACUACUGAUGCUGGAGGCUGUUUGUAAGCUGCUAUGGCUGCUACCUUGGGCAAAGUUUGAGGACUGGCUCCUGAGAACCCCUGAGAAGGAGGAGGAGCUGGAAUUGUGACCAUCUUUCCUAAACCUCCGCUUGCCCUGCCACAGAGCUAUCCCAGAGGAAGAGGAGGAGACGAGACUCAAGGUAUUUUACGAGCCUCGAGCCUCGCUUCUUCUCACAGCUCUUACAGAUUCUGCUCAGAGCCCCCUCCCCACAUCGCCUGUCCUCAGGCCCUAGAGCUCCUGGACAAAGCACAGCCUCCUUGUCUUCAGCGCCUGCGCCUCGGGAACCCCCUCCAGAAAACGACGGAGAACCAACUAGGUCCCACCUACUUGGUUGGUCAUUAGUUCUGUGGUGGAGCUUGGAAAGCACGCCAACAAUCGCAAUAAUAAUAACAACAGAUUUGUAUAGCGUGUUGUGCUCGUUUGUAUGCAUGUGUUACGACUUCAUGAUUGGGAGAUGUAGGCACCUGGAUGUAGAAGUAGCUUCUGGGCAGCGGCAAGGGAGCGCGCAGACCAUAGAAAGGAAUGACAGGUACAGUCGAUUGAGCCGCGGAAACUGGGACCUGGCAGGUAGGAAAGGAGCGCCACAAGGCUUGUCAAAGCCCAGCGGAUAGAAAAGGUUUUAUUUCCCUUUUAAGAGACUCCUGCCUUUCCAUGCAUCCCUGUUGAGCCUUGGAGGGCACAGUUCCUCACCCCGCGCUGUUCCGUUAUUUCCUCCCCCUCCUCCCCAACGUAGAAAGGUGGAUCAGUCCUCCCCGCACGCGACUAGCGGUGGUUGGGCCGGGAUGCGGGAAGUUUCUGA